GAAGAAGAAGAAGAACAACACGGGCACUGACACUUGUCGUUUGCCAGGAACAGUGGGACCAUAAACACAGUCACGGAAGAGUUCGGGAAUCUACCCAGUGUCCACUUCAAAAAUGUUUUCUGAAGGAAGCUCAUUUCUGAAGGGGAUGCUCAUGGGAGGGAUCUUCUGCCUGGUGCUGUCGCUCCUGGCCAGUGUUAUCCCCGGCACAGAUUUCAUGACAGAGGAGGACCAUCACCAUCAUCAUCACGUCAAAGCCCCAAGCAAAGAAGAGUUGAGGUCUCUAUCAGACACUGAGAUGCAGAAGUUGAGCAAACAAAUUGAGGUUUACUGCGUCAUCAUGGUCCAGCCCAAGCUCCUCACUCACUGGGCAGCAGCUCUGGACACCUGGAGCAAACACUGCGACAAAUCUGGGGUUUACACCUCGGAGAACUCCAAGGCAUUCGAUGCAAUAGACCUGAAUGAAAAAGAUAACUGGACAAGGUUACGUAAAGCUUUGAAGCAUGCCUUUGACAAUGCUGGGGACCUGCGCUGGUUCUUUGUGGCACAGCCCACCACGUUUGCCAUCAUCGAGAACCUCAAAUACUUGCUGCUCACAAAGGAUCCCAGCGAACCCUUCUAUUUGGGCAAGCUUAUGAAGUCAGGCGAGCUUGAGUAUGUGGCCUACGAUGGUGGCAUUGUUUUAAGCUAUGAAGCUUUGAAAAGGCUAGUGCACGUGUUUGAGGACAAGGACAAAUGUCCAGAGCAUGUGGGAGCCCUGUGGAGGCUGAAUGAAGACAAGCAGCUGGCAAUGUGUCUCAAAUAUACUGGCGUGUUUGCAGAGAAUGGAGAAGACAUACAUGGGAAGGGCGUGUUCAACAGCCAGAGUAUCUACACGCUGAUAAAGGACAGCAUGAAUAACAACCCCACCAACGUGUUGGAAGGCUGCUGCUCUGACAUGGCAGUCACAUUCAAUGGGAUGUCCCCAAAUCAGAUGCAGGUCAUGAUGUUUGGCGUCUACAGACUCCGUCCGUUUGGGCACGAUUUUCAUGACGUCCUAGCAUUUUACCCUCCGGAAGGUUCAGACAAUGAUUAGACACUUGGCCCUUGAAACUGGAUGGGGCAUUUUAAAAAGUUUUUUGCAUCUGUGAUGGCAAAUGCUACAUUUUGGGAGAUGGUUUUCUUAAACUGUUGGUAAAACUUGAUCAUAUACUGUAUGUAUAUUUGUACUUUUUGCACUUGGCACAAUCAGCCCCAUUCCUUUUGAGGUGUGGGUAAAUGAAGACGGUUGCUUUGUCCUUUUUGAAUGAAGAUUGAACCGGGAAAUUGAUUAAACUUGUGGCAUGAGUUGUGGUAAUGUGGACGUUUUUGUGUUGUAGUGCUGGGCAGUAUAGCGGUUGUCAGUAUUUAUUUAAUUUUUAUGAUAUGAACAUGUCGUAUACUGCAAGACAGCAAAACACUGUUUGACGGGGGACCCCUUUCAUUGCUGCACCACACAUUAACUGAAGAAGUAAUCAGAAAAUAUGUAUUAGAGAACUGAUAAUGAGUGCAGUUACAAACACACAACAGUACCGUGGUAUAAAUCUUUGGUUGUACCGCCCAGCACUACUGUGAUUAUAAUAUUAUUGUUUUCUAUCUUAAAUGAUUGUCUUUUUUCAUUUUGUCAUUGGCUGUGUUGGUUAUUAAAUGGUAUAUGUUUUUGAAAUUAUUUAUCCCUUCAAUGUGUCUGGCUUUUUGUAAUGAAAUUUUUUUAAAGAUUGUACUGAAACACCAACAGUCAUUAUUAUAUUUACCUGCCAGUUUGUAAGGUACACUGGAGGACACGUGAUUAGUUCACGAUGGUUAUUUGAGUUACUGUUUCCUUUUUUUUUAUAAUUUUAUAAACAAAAAAAUGUCUGGCCAUUCUCCUCUGACCUCUUCCCUGACCGUUUUUCGGUGUGAAAAUCCCAGUCGAUCAGCGGUUUCUGAUCGACAAACAUGCCACUUUCAGAGUCACUUAAAUCGCCUUUCUUGCCCAUUCUGACGCUCUUCUGAAACUUCAACAGGUUGUCUUCCCUAAAUGAACUGUGUUGUUGCCAUGUGAUUGGCUGAUUAAAUAUGUGCAUGUACAUGCAGUUGAACAGGUGUACCUCAUGAAGUGGCCAUUGAGUGCUUGGCUUGGGGAAAAAGUUUUGAUAUGGACUUAAAAGGGAAUUAAAGCAUGGCUUUUGAUUGCUGAGCCAUACAAUAAAAAAAUAUAUAAUAAAAACAGUGAAUUCAUUAAGCCAGCUAUUGCUAUCUUAGUAAUGUCUCCUCAUCUUUGACAUCCUGGCUCACCUGGCUAAAGCAUUCAGAGCUAUAGCGCCUAACCUUUUGUACAGUAUGAAGUUUAUCUUCAUUGUUGCUACUUUGGUGACUCUUUAGUUGUAAGUCAGAUGUUCCAAAUUUUGUUUGGUGAAUGAAAUGAUGGGUCUUUUUUUGUAAUUUGUACUUUUAUUGUUAAGUAAAAUAUACAUGGUUUUUCUUCAUCAUACCUUGUUUUUACAGUUGCGUUUUGUCACUGAAAAUUAAUAUUUGUGUUUGAGUCUCUAAGACCUGAUUCUCCUAAGUGCAAAAAUGCACUUAUUCUUGGCGCUCUGUGAUUUGUUCUUUGUCCACAUGUAAAUAAUACUUACUGAAAGCUCACUUACCUUACUGUGUAUCGAGUACAUACAGUACAGUGGAUGCAGUGGACAUGCAAACAUGGCCACUCAUGCUAACUGGGUUGUUUCAUUGCCGUCGCUUGGAUUCAAUUUCAAUUUUAUUUUUUUUCUCAUCAGAUUCUAGCCUGAAUUCUUCUUGUAUGGGUAUCAUUUAGGAGUUUUUGGCAAUGCUGCAAUAUCAACAUAUUUGCAUUAUAUUUGUAUAUCUGUAUGUCAAAUGUAACUCACUAAAAGCAUAAUGAACACUU